AUGAAGUUGCUCAACUUUUUUCGAAAUUCAGCGCUCUUCAAAGCAAACCUGUUCUCCGAAAAACUCGGGCUCGAGAAAACCGUCAAAGACCGAAUCGAAGAAAAAAUGUGGAAAAACGAGACGGAAUUCAUCGACCAUCUCACGACAAACUCCGCAAACUUGAAGCUCAGCUCGCUUUGGAAAAAAUUUCACACAGGUUAUGUCGUCGCAAAAACUCCAGGCUCCUUCUUGUCCGACAAGGGAGACUGCCAAAAGAUGGACUUUCGCUGGCUGAACAAACACGUCGCUGAAAUCGCCCAUUCUGAAGUUCGAGAAGAAGGAGUUUUCAAGAAUUCAAGAAAGAGGAACAAAAAUGCGAACCGAUUCUACGGCCGAACUCUUCGCGAUUGGGACAACGAAGUCAACCUCCUCGACUUCUUCUAUGAUGCGAAAGGAUUUGACAAGAUCAACGCGAGAUUGAGCGAGAAGCUUUACGGUCACUCGGGAAUGUAUGCAAUUGCCUGGACAGGAACAACAGAUCUGGCUGGAGAUGACAACAUGGCGGUCAUCAUCGGAAACCACGAGGGUGAAUUCUCAGCCGUGAUCAUUUGCGAAGAUCCUCUUUGCGAUUUCGAAGAGAACUUCGACGACAUCAACACUGACAUCGACAUUGAUUUCACGGACGUCGAGCUGAUCUAUCCAGACAAUCGAGCGACCUUCUGCGUGCAUGACAAUGAAGAUAAGCUCUGCGAUCCCUGCUGGAAGAAAGACAACUGCUACACGCUCAUUGAUUGCAACGAGGAAGUUCCCGUGCAAAACCAAAACUACGCGACGAUUCCGUCGAUGAAGAACAAUUUCCGCCUUUCAAUGGACAUCAAAACUUCCGAUUGGACAACAAGCGCAACCAACGCUGCGAUUUUCACUGUAACUGAUCUGCCAGCUGAUGAUGAUAUUGCUUCCACAACGAAUACUGCCGAUGGAAGCGCGCUGACAAAAGAUGUGCUUCCAAUUCGCAGCACAGGCGGAAGCACAAUAACAGGACGUCGCUACACCGACACUUCCUACAACACUGUCGGGGGGUCUCUAAGUCCAGACACAGAUCUCGACUACAUCACAACCACCAUCGCCGUUUCUAGAGUCGCCGGCUUCUACAUCAACGCAAUCUUCAUCGAAGCAGACAAUCCUCACAGUGUUCUUAUCGACCAUGAUACCAGCUUCGCGAAUGAGAUUGAGUACGGAGAAAUGACCGUUCGCGGGGGCGACUCGACAUCGGUAAAUAAUGUUUAUGAUGGAAAUGUGAAAAAUGCCUACGUCCAGCUUGGAUCCUUCCAAGACAUUCUUAACGAACGGUUUGUCCCUGACAAUUAA